AUGGUGGACGACGAGGACGACGAUGAGCGCGCUGUCCUGGUCAACGUCAAAUAUGCCUCGGGGUCCUUCGACGCGCUCCACGUGACUGACACUCGACGAUCGACUGGUUUGGUUUCUCGCCUCCUCACCGUCCUCUACGACGCUGCAGCCUUGGUCCCUAAUGUGAAGCUUCGUCCCGCGCAACCCCAAGGCUCGUCGUCCUACCGGCAGGACUCAUCCGCGCUCGCCGACGAGCUGUCCCCCUUUUCCAAUGACAUAAAUUGCAGCUUCAUAGACACAUGCCCGCGUCCAUUCGCCGGCGUCCAUCUAUGUGCCACAGGGGUGGAUAAGUCUCCGUUGUUCGCGAAUGCCGGAGAGAUGGGCGCGAAUACGACGUCGGAUUUUACGGAUAGAGUGACGCAUCUGAUCGCGCAGAGCCAUGGUAGCGCGAAGUAUAUGAGCCUCGAGCAACACCGCCUCCCGGUGUUCUCUGGUGUCGUCCUCACCGUCUCCGGCAUCGAUGAUAUCGAGCGGCGGACGGACAUCAACCGAUUACUAACGCGACAAGAGGGCACUUACGUGAAGAACCUCGAGCGACCCGUCCGCGUCACUCAUCUGCUGUGCUCAGGUGACGUCGAGACGGACAAGAUGCGGUACGCGAAGAAGUUCAACGCAAAAGGCGAGGCAGCCAUCCACCUGGUGUGGGAAGAGUGGUUCUGGGACUCGCUGCGAUUCGGCGGCAGAUUUGACGAGUCUGAUUAUCGAGUGGACAAACCGCGCCCGGAACGCAGACAAGCACCCGAAAUUUCAGCCACCCCCGUUGUCACCGUCACAGCAUCGCAGUCAUUAUCCGCAGACGUUUCAGCCCCGGCUGCCAAGUCACAUGCAAAUACCAAUGGUGAGCAGGACGAAGAAGAGAUCGCGACCGCGCGCCGCGUUCCCGCAGUCACACUCCAGGUAUGGGAAAGUUUGUUGGGUCCCAGAGGAUACAAGCGUGUCGGAGGGCAGCUUGUGAGAACAGAGGGCGCCUCUGGAGGUAUCCAGCCCGGGAAUGAAGGACCCUUAGACACAGGCAAAGGCAAAGGCAAAGCCGCCGAGGCUCCCAGCCAAGGUCGAAACACCGGCCAAGUGCACGCCGCAGGACGAAUGCCGGACGUCGAGCUCAAGGCGCACAGCGCACUUCGGACAUUCACCCGCUCAAAUUCGUUCGCGCCGACCCGCGCCGAGCCUGUGCCCUCGCGACGGCCCUUUCGCAAGGUCGCGACGUCUUCCCUGGCCCCGCGUGCGCCGUCUCCGCAGCCUGACGACGGCGGCUCCGGAGACGGCUCGUCGGCCGCGGCCCAGGUCUUUGCUGGAAUGAAGUUCCGGGCGCGUGGGGAGGCCCGAUCUGCCAGCGUCCGCGAAGCGGUGGAAGGCUGUGGUGGGCGAUGGGUCGAGGGACAAGAGAUCGACGACCCCGAUGAUGUCGACUUCGUCCUCGUCCGCCUCGUCAGCGGGAGCAAGCUGUACCGCGAGGAGGCGGACGAGAAUAUGCGCAGAAAGUAUAGAACCGAAUGCUGGCUCGAGGGCUGUCUUGCCCGCGAGCGGGUCUGUGGGCUCAGCGAACAUAUCACCUUUGCCCCGCUUGAAGUCGAGACUCCCGUGAUAGGCGCAGAGGGGAUAACCAUGAGUCCGUCCGGCCUUGACUUGGCAGAAGACAUGUGGGUCAAAAGGCUUGCACGAGCAUUGGGCAUAGUUCAUGCACCGACGUUUAGCCGAGCGUCCACCCAUCUCCUGUGCCCGUCGAAACAGGGCGCAAAGUUUGAUAAAGCAUCAGAGUGGGGCACUCCUGUCAUUGGCUUGACAUGGCUCGAGGAGAUGGCUCGCACAGGAGCCAUUCCGCCGUUGGCUGAUUACUUGAUCUCUGGUAAAAUAAACGAUCCAAAGGGAAAGGGGAAAGCAAAGGAGAACAUUGAAAUGGUGGACAUCACGAAUGAUUUCCAGCAUGCUAUGUCCGUCGAGGCUCCCUCGAAGACUUCUCCUACAAAGCGUCCGAUACCGACCACACGCAAAAUGGUACCACCAAAAGAGGGCGGCGCGCCUGAAACAUUUGGCCCUCCUAAAAUUCUUCUACAUGGCUAUCAUGCUCCGAAGAUCGCCACGCCCCCAACAUCUCCUCCCCGCAGUCGAUCGCCAACAGUACCCCGCUCUCCUUCAGUCCCCUCAUCAACAGCCGCUAGCAUGUCAAUGCUAUAUCGCGAUCACGACCCUGACCCCGACCCCGACCCUAACCCUUCUUUAAAACCUACACAGCCUGAAGACCGCAAUGUCCCAUCAUCAUCCACGCCGUCACCUAUGAAAAUUCCUACUGAUGCUCCCAGCCGAAGAGCAAUAUUGGGGGUUUCGGACGAGGCGGCGCGCGCGCUCCAGGAGAGCCUGGCAUCGCUCCUGGGGAAGCGAGCUUCGACCGAGGAUGCAGAUAGCGCUCCCGUACCUGCGCGGAGUAAGCGACCGAGGCCACGAUCCAAGCCUCAGACCCGCCAUAACUCCGGCACUGAUGAGGAUGUGAACAUGCUUGACGCGGGCAUACCUCCCCCGGACAUGUACGACCCCGCCAUGGUGUCGUACGCGUGCGACGAGAUGGCGAUGUUGGCCGGUGUGGGCGAGUCUAUAGAGGAGCGCCAGGAGGGCGCGUUUGUAACGUACGAGGACCCUUCGCAGCGGGCGGAGCGGAAGAAAUUGAUGAAGUUGCUGGGUAAUAUAGACGAGUUGGAUGGCAGUGAUCAUAGCGCGGUCAUGGGUAAAGGAGAGGAGGCAGGCAGGAAGAGAAGCACACGGAUUGCGGGAUUUUAGGCGGUGUUUUGGUUGGGAUCUCCUCAUUGCAUGUAGCAUUAUAUCCUGGGCCGGCGACGGAUCUGUUCUAUACUACACUUGUGUAUGCCUUACGUUCUAUGUCUGCAUCCCCUUCCUUGGGUUUUGAUUUUAUUGCAUCUGUUGUU